UUGAACUAUCUUGAACUAUCUUGAACUAUCUUGAACUAUCUUGAACUAUUUUGAACUAUCUUGAACUAUUUUGAACUAAAGAACUUCCAAAGAACUUGCACUUGAACUUGUAUUUGAACUAGCACUUGAACUUGAACUAUCUUGAACCUUGAAUCUGAAACAUACAUACUGAAUGAAACUUGAAUCUGGAAAUCUUGAAUCGAAUCAAAACUGGAACAGAAUAUUUCUAAAGAUUGUAUUGCCAUUUUUAGAAGACAUAAUUAUUGUCAAUUAUAAAGAAAUUAUUGGUAGUUUCUAGAAGGAAUUAAAAGUAAACUGAAAUAAAAAGAAGAACAAUAGAGGGAAAGGAAUCUAACUCUAAUUCCUGGAACUUGAUAAGACCAUACUUACAGUUGAAAGCAGUAAUAUUGUAAAUCUUGGGAAAGAAAAAAAAGAGGUAUACAUUUUAAAGAGUAAAGUAGAUUGGAAAAGUAGUCGUUCAAGAUAAAUAUUGGAAGUUUGAAGGACUGUAUUGCCAUUUUAGAAGACAUAAUUAUUGUCAAUUACAAAGAAAUUAUUAGCAGUUUCUAGAAGGAAUUAAAAGUAAACUGCAAUAAUAAAAGAAGAAUAAUAGAGGAACAGGAAUCUAAUUCUAAUUCCUGGAACUUGAUAAGACCAUAAUUACAGUUGAAAGCAGUAAUAUUGUAAAUCUUGGGAAAGAAAAAAAGAGGUAUACAUUUUAAAGAGUAAAGUAGAUUGGAAAGUAGUCGUUGAAGAUAAUAUUGGAAGUUUUAAGGACUGUAUUUUAGAAGACAAAAUUGCUGUCAAUUAGAAAAAAAAUCUGGGCAGUUUCUAGAAGGAAUUAAAAGCAAAGUGAAAUAAAAAGAAGAACAAUAGAGAAAAAGCAAUCUAAUUCUAAUUCCUAGAACUUGAUAAGACCUCUAUUAGAAUUCAAAACAGUAGUAUUAGUAAUCUUGGGAAAGUAAAAAGAGCGUAUACACAGCAAAGAAUAAAGAAGAUUGAACAAAAUAGUGUGAAGAAGGCAAUAUUGCAAGUUUGAAAGACUGUAUUGCCAUUUUAGAAGACAUAAUUACUGUAAAUUAGAAAGAAAUAUUUGGCAGUUUCUAAAAGGAAUUAAAAACAAACUGAAAUAAAAAGAAGAACAAUAGCGAGAAAGCAAUUUAAUUCUAAUUCCUAGAACUUGAUAAGACCAUAAUCACACAAAAUUUGUGUCAAUAUAUAGAGUCCUAGAAAAGUGAGCGUUGUUGAUUGUAAAGAGAAAAGGAAAGAAAUCCUUCGAUAUAUAGUGUUCAGAAUUUUAAAAAUAAAAGUAAGCUUGAUUGUAGAGAGAGUAAGAAAGAAGAUUGGGUCAGGAUAAAUAUAUAGUUUUAGAAAUAUAAGUGAGGUUGAUUGAUUUGAGAAAGAAUAAGAAAGAUAUUUUGAUCAGGAUAUAAAGUGAACCUGUUUGCAGAGAGAGAGUAACAAAGAAAUUAGCAAUUUGGGAACUUAUAUAGGCCUACAAUACAUUUAGGCUAUUAAUGACCUACUCAUAAUUUUAAUAAAAAACGCCAUCUUGAGACAAAAACAUUAUAGCUCCUUAACACAGUACAAGCUAGUGUAUAUAAAGCUAGGCUAUUGAAAUACCAUAGAGUUUAAUAUCAGUAAGGAUUAGUUUUUCAUAAUUCACAAUAGGAAUAUUUAAAUAAAAGACUAUUGGAGUAAGGAAUAUAUACAGAACAUUAUAUAUCAAAGUUACAGAACCGUUAAUUGUAGACUUGUAAUUAUUAACCAGAACUGUUGCAAGUAUAUAAGCAAAAUUUACCAUGAUGGAUACAAUUGAAUUUAAGAAAACACUUGAUGAAAUCAUGAAUAUACUGACUAGUUGUGCAUUGGUGACCAACCCAGAUCUUAAUGAAUGCUGUAUCUGUAACAAUGAAAUCAAAGAAAAUGAAAGUGAUGCAAGAUGUGACUGUUGUAGUAAGCAUUUUCAUGUGACAUGUAUGGGAUUCCCUUGUGAAGACAGACUGAGUGACCUGACAUUGAUCUGGAUUUGUUCAUUUUGUGGCAAUAACAACAUGGCUCAUCGCAUGUUUGAUCAAGUAUGCAUCCCUUCUCAUUUCAAUAGAUACGAACUUCUUGGUGAUCAUGAUGAACACUGUUACUUGGAUUUGAACCAAUCAAGGACCCUAUCAAGUACGACCAACAAAAGAAAAUGUGGCAGAUCAAAGAAGAGAUCAAGGAUUUGCGAAAGUACAGAGUUCAUGCUGGUGGCAAGAAAAAAGAAGCAAAGAACAAGAAAGGUCGAGCAAGGAACAAGAAAGAAGCAGUCGAGGUUUCCUGAUUUGUAACGGACACAGUGUUGUACUUCGUACUCAAAGCUGGCAAGAUUAAGGAUUGUCGACCUGAUCCGUAUAUUGAAGUUGGAACAUUCCAUGAACCUUGCAAAGUGCUCAUUUUUUGACUGGGUUGGAGGAGGAGACAAGAUAAGAUUCCCUAUGCAGCUAUUUCACUGAUUGUGGCCAAGCAACACCAUACCAUUGCCCGGAAAAAACGUUAUGAUAAAUAAAAAAGACCAAUGUGCAACAUGUACGAAGUAUGACCAGUUGUCUGGAGAUCAGAAGGAGAAUUUCACGGAAACCCAUCUCGUACAAAAAACAGAGGCUCAAGAUGCCAAAGCAGUUCCUUGCAUCGUGUAAGACAGAAAAUCGUUGUGAAUAAGAUGGAGUGCAAAAGAGGACAUGCUUACAACAAGAAAUAUGCUGAUAAAUUUGACUUCGGUGCAUCAUCAGGAAAGAGCAAACAUCAUGCAACUUGCAAGGAAUGUCGCCGAGAUUUGUCAAUUUUGCAUGGCGGUUGUAAUGACAUUGUUGUUCAUUGCAAAUCAAAGCAACACAUCACUGCUUUCAAGUCUGAAUCGUCAGCACGAGAAAUAACAUCAUGGAUGUCAACCUCCAAGGAUUUUAAUAUAACUAGAGCUGAGUGCUUAUUUACAUCAUUUUAUUUGGAGCACAAUAUUCUUCUAUCAGCUGCAAGUCACAUGGGACCAUUGUUGAAAAAAGCCUUUCCUAAUUCUGAGGAGGUUAUGAAGUUUACCAGUGCAAGGACCAAACAUCUUGUCUUGUGCGUGAAAUGGCCAAAGAUAAACAAGGACAGAUCGUUUCAGCCAUGAAAGCACGGCCAAUUGCAAUAUCAACUGAUGGGAGUAAUGUCAGCGACAGUAAACCAUACCAAAUUGUGGCAUGCCUCGGGAAGUGUCAGUGCUUGGUUGCCCCAAUCAUCUAAUUGAUUCUGCUGCCAAAGAUGCGUCAUCUGCAUUACCAUAUUCAAUUGACUCGCUCCUUAUUGAUGUGUUCUACUAUCUGGAAGCCAGCGUGAACAGGAAAUUGAAUCUCAAGAAGUUCCAGAUGCUCAUUGGGAACGAAGUGCAGGCAGUUCUGAAACAUGCUUGUACGAGAUGGCUGAGCUUGGGCCAAUGCUUGCCAAGAUUUAUCCAACAAUGGCAAGCUCUAGUCCUCUUUUUUGAAGGAGAAGUGUCAGCCGAGCAGAAGACGCCUACUCAACAGACAAAGCAGAAGAAGCCUACUCAACAGACCAAGGCUACCAAGAAUAGUGUCCAGACUUCACUUGUUCCAAAGAAGCCAACUCCAGCUGUGAAAAAUGAACCUGCUCAGGGAUCUCAACUGAAGAAAAAGCCUGCUCACCAAACCAAGAUGACUGCACAACUCCAAGCAUUCUGCAUUCCCAAGAAGGUGUCUGCAGAUCCACCACAUGUGAGCAAACCUGCCAAGUCUCAGACCCAAGUUCAACUUCAAACACCACAGCCACAACACAGUAGACCUGCAUCUUCAAGCUCUACUACUCGGGAAAAACGACAAAUGAGGAAGCUUCGGAUACACCUAGAAAAAAGCAGAAGACUGGGAAAGUUGUUGGCAAGGCAACAGGCUCAACAGUGCUCAAGACUGGAACUUCCAGUCAUCCCAGUAUGAUUUCUAGUAAAAUGACUGGAAAUGAAAAAACAAGAUGUGGAGGAAAAAAA